AUGAGCCUCGCGUUCUUGCAUGCUCACGACUGUUCCGAAGCGCAUACCGAUGCCGUCUGGGGCGUUUCUUGGACGAAAAAUGACAAUGUAGUAUCCAUAUCAGCCGAUGGAUCUAUCAAACAGUGGGCUUCAUCUUCAGGAGAGCCAUAUCGACCUCCAAAUUCAUCAACAGAUUAUCAAGUUCCUUCUCCUCAUACUCUCGGCUUGGUAUCGCUCUCAGUAUCCCCAGAUGGCCGUCGCGCGUUGUACAACAGUCUAGAAGGUCUGACGUCUAUGUGGAAUCUCGAAACUGGGAAGAGGGAAGGUACUUUUGAGAGCUUCAUGAGGGAAGAAGGGGCGGGAAAUGCAGAGGCUGCUUGGUCUGUCUCUCUAAGUCCUUCCGGAUCGACUUAUGCAUCUGCAGGAGGACAUGGCAAUAUCACUAUACGUUCUGCGGAACCCGAAAAUUUUGGCAAAAAAGUCUCGACUGUCUUUUCAGGAAGGAAUAAGUUUGGAAUGUGCUGUUCAUAUAGCCCGGACGGAAAACGCGUCGCACUGUCCUCGGAGAUUGGACAUGUGUUCAUCCUCGACGUCGAAUCGAAUACCUUCGCAAACACAUAUACCUCUCACGCAAUGUCUGUGCGCUCUGUAGCCUGGUCUCCCGAUGGCAACCUUCUCCUGAGCGCAUCCGAAGACAAACGUCUAAUAUUGUAUGAUGUCCGUGUAUCAUCAGGAAACAGUGGAGGAGCUGUCGCAACUUUCAGCGGACAUUCUUCUUGGGUACUAUGCGCAGAUAUCUCUCCGGAUAGUCGGUUCGGCCUGUCUGGAUCUGCCGAUAAAUCGAUCAAAGUGUGGGAUAUUGCUGCUCGUGCAGCAGUGUCAACAGUGCAAGACACCGGUGAAGUUUGGUCAGUAUCAUGGCGCCCACGAGCUCCCGCCGUCGGCUCGGUAGGUGCCUUUGUAUCCGGUGGUGAGGAUGGGGUGGUCAAAUGGUGGAGAGGUGCUGGUGCUGGUGUUUAG